AUGCAGUGCUACGAGAUCGACGACGAGUCGCUCCGUCUGGUCCUCCAGAUGCAGUUGGAGGACUUGAAAAACAUCAAGGAGAGUGGCAAGGGCAAAUGCCGAGUGGAUCAGGUCUCUGAUCUCGACUUGGCUGUCGAUGCAUACCAUGCGGAGCUGGAGUCGCAAGCUGCACUCGCGGCGGAUAGGUGCAUGUGCAAGAGCAUAGCCAAAGCGAACCGAUGCGAUAGCCUCCUCAUUAUGAUUCUCACGAGGCAGGAGAACCAGGCCACUCGCGACAGAGCGGCGGCUAUUCGGCUAAGCGAGGGAACCGCACUCGGCGACGAUGUAUCUCCAAAGAAUCUUCCCACUCUUUCAGAGGAGUCUUGCACAAACGAGGAAGAUGAGAUGUUUUUACGGAAACUUGAGUCCCUCUACGUCUCUGUUGAUUAUGGCGAGGACGACGACGAAGGCAAUGACGAAGAGCCAGAGUCUUCAUCGUGGGCGGCCUCCAGGAAGGAAACCGAUGCGGCAGCCAUCAAACCAACCAGGCGGGAGAAGAAGACGACAUGCGACAGUUGUUCGAGUACCUACACCCCCAGCGCAGUCGCCCAGCUGCCAUGCAAACAUAACUACUGCCGCGACUGCCUGAGGACCCUCUUCGAGCUCUCCCUCACAGACGAGUCGCUAUUUCCGCCGAGAUGCUGCAAAUUGCCUAUCCCUAUAGACCGAGGCAACGCCAGGGCCCUGCUGUCCUCGAAGCUGGUAGGGGAGUUCCGGGCAAAGGAGAUUGAGUUUUCAACGCCCAACAGGACGUACUGCCACAGACCGACCUGUUCCAGGUUCAUCCCCAUGGAGUUCAUCAGAGCCGACGUUGGAACAUGCCCGCAAUGCCGCCACCAGACGUGCACCAUGUGCAAGGGCGCCGAGCACGGGAACCAAGAUUGCGCACAAGAUACGUUAACACAGGCUCUUCUCGAAGUCGCUGCCGCCAACGGUUGGCAGCGCUGCUUCUCGUGCCGCCGAAUCGUGGAGCUCGACCACGGAUGCUAUCAUAUGACCUGCCCCUGCGGAUCCCAAUUCUGCUACCUCUGUGGUCUGCAGUGGAAGACAUGCACCUGUGAGCAGUGGAACGAAGAGCGGCUCAUCGCCCGCGCUAACGUGAUUGUGAACCGCGAGGCCGGCGCCAUGCACUUGAACGCCGCGGUUAGAGCUCAGCGUGUCGAGCAAGAGGCGCUCAACCUCGUUCAGAACCACCAGUGCGCCCAUACCAGGUGGAGAAGCCGCAGUGGCAGUUUUCAGUGCGAGGAGUGCCAUCACUAUCUGCCGUCAUUCAUCUACGAAUGCACCCAGUGUCACAUCCACGCGUGUCGUAGGUGCCGUCACAAUCGAUUGUGA